AUGAAUUUCCAGAUAAAUUGUUCGACGCUCCUAAAAACGACCAAUCCACCUUUUCGAGCACUUUUAAUCGACACACAUAUCCUGCAAAACCUCGGAGAAAAUGAAUGCAAGCAAGGGCAAAAAGUGCGGUUGGCAGUCAAUGUGGAGCUUCUGAAAUCAGUGCGUAAUAAGGAUUAUAAGGAAUACGAUAUUGUAUACUACCAGACCUUCACCGACAAGGACUAUCUCAGAGUUUACGAUAACGAGCAGACAAGAAUCAUCCCUAGAUUUCCUCUCUACAACACUGGGAAUCUUUCCAUACCUCGUAAUGCGAAGAUGUUCCUUGGAGCCUGGAAGAGAUCGAAGUUUGUCGACUGUCUUGGUCUAAAUAUGAGUAGGAAUGCGACUGAAAGACCAUAUCUGCCUGUUGAGGAAAGUGUACAAGUAAUGUCGUCAUUAGUGAGAUAUCUCACCACUUUCGACGUUUAUCCGUUCCUGUGUGGCGGCACAAUGCUAGGUGAGUUAUUGAAAAAGACAAUCACCUACCAUAAACUCGUCAAAGAAUGGGAACAUCCUGCGAUAGGAACAUCCUUAUCGACCGUGAGGCACUGCUCAAAUCUAAGCCGACCUCUGCUCCACCGAAGUUCCCCAUUCUUCUCUUUCCAGAAACCCUAA